CUCCCGGAUAUUUGUUGCAUGACGAUGUCUGAUUUACGUUUGCGAAAGACUCUUGACGAACUUGUUGACUUGCUUCACGAAGCUCUCGCUGGCGAUACAGCCGAUGUUAAACAUAUUGAGGAUCUGAUGGAGGGCUACACAUCUAAUGCAGACGAGUGGCGCUCGUUUACGUCAUUCGACAAAAACAAGUAUACACGUCAACUGGUUGAUUCGGGUAAUGGGAAAUUCAAUCUUCUCAUUCUUUGUUGGUCUGAAGGACAAGGAAGCUGUAUUCACAGUCAUGCUGGUUCACAUUGUUUCAUGAAGAUUUUGCAAGGCAGUUUGAAGGAGACUCGGUAUGAGUGGCCAAAAGAAGGAGAGUCUGCAAAGAUGACACCAACUGAAUCUUUUGAUCUGAAAAGAGAUGAGGUGGCAUACAUGAGUGACACUCUUGGUCUUCAUCGUGUAGAGAACUCAAGCCACACUGAGAAAGCUGUGUCUCUUCACCUGUACUCUCCACCAUUUGACCUAUGUCAUUGGUUUGAUGAGAGGACAAGCACAAAACACACGUGUAGGAUCACGUUUACUAAUAUGGAAGUGAAAAAGGUUGCAGCUCAAGCUAAUGAACUGGAGACGGCUUGUGACGAAGUCUGUUGUACAGAAUAAUAUUGAACAGAAUUAGUUGUAGUGCAUGUAUUUGUAACCUUCUAGAGACGUGAAACAUUGUAGAAUGAGAAUGAGAAUAGACCUUCAUGCAGUGUUUCGUUCUAUUAGUUAGAUCUAGAUCUUGCUAGUUUGGUCACUUUUAGGUUGUCAGUGAAUUAUAUAUUGUAGCCUAGCCUGUA